AUGAUGAAGAUGCCUUGGAGGAGGAAAAGCAGGAGCUUCCAUCUUCAGCUACAAGGGCCAAUUGGUACCAUUCAAUCUCCAUUCCUGUUCUUAUUUACCAAUUAUUGCCAUUCUUCUACUUCCACACUUGAAGAUGCACGCUUCUUGACAAAUAACUUUAAAUCUGCUUACUUUACGCACCUUGAUGAUGCCAUUGCUUCCUUCAAUCAUGUAAUUCAUAAGCAUCCUCUGCCUUCUAGGGUUCCAUUUAAUAGAUUCUUAUCUGCCCUUGUGAAAAUGAAACAAUAUCACACUGUCCUUUCCAUGUCCAAAACAAUUGAAUUGCUAGGAAUCUCUCACGAUGUUUAUUCUCUUAGCAUAUUAAUUAAUUGCUUCUGCCAUUUACACCUUGUGGAUUUUGGCUUCUCUGUUUUUGGUAAGAUGCUCAAAUUCGGAUUGGAGCCUACCACUGUGACAUUUACUACCUUAAUUAAUGGGCUUUGUAUGGAGAGUAAAAUCCAUAAAGCAGUGGAAUUUUUAGAUGAUAUGGUUGCACGUGGUUAUCAACCUGAUGUUCGUACUUUCACUGUGAUAGUAAACGGAAUGUGUAAAUUUGGGAAAACAAAUGUGGCUAUUGGGCUACUAAAGGGAAUGGCUGAUAGAGGUUGUGAGCCAAAUGUUGUGACAUACAGUGCAAUCAUUGACGCCCUUUGCAAAGAUGAGCUAGUUGGUGAGGCUUUAGAGCUCUUCUCUCAAAUGAGGAAUAAGGGCAUUUCAGCUGAUGUCAUCACUUACACUAGUUUAAUUCAUGGUGUUUGCAAAUUAGGCCAAAAGAACCAAGCUUUGGCCUUGAUGAAUGAAAUGGUGGAGCAGAACAUAUUACCAAAUGUUUAUACCUUCAAUGUAUUGAUUGAUGCUCUUUGUAAGGAUGGAAUGGUUUCAAAGGCUCAAAAUACAUUCAAUGUAAUGAUUCAAAGAGGUGUAGAGCCUGAUGUGGUCACCUACAAUUCCUUAAUUGAUGGUCUUUGCAUUUCAAACCAAUUCAAGGAAGCUUUGGCCUUGUUGAAAGAAAUGGUGGGGAGCAACAUAUCCCCUGAUGUUUUUACCUUCAAUAUAUUGAUCGACACUCUUUGUAAGAAAGGACUGGUUUCAAAUGCACAGAAUAUAAUCAAAAUAAUGAUUCAAAGAGGUGUGGAACCUGAUGUUGUCACUUAUAAUUCAUUGAUGGAUGGAUAUUGUCUAUGCAAGCAAAUUGAUAAGGCUAGAAAGGUAUUUGAUCUGAUGGUGACCAAUGAAAUAGUUGACAUUUUAGGCUACAGCAUUUUGAUCAAUGGAUAUUGUAAGUGCAAAAUAAUAGAUGAUGCAGAGGAACUUUUUGAUGAAAUGUCUCAUAAAGGUUUAGUUCCUAAUGUUGCUACUUAUCAUACUCUUAUAAAGGGUAUGUUCCAAGCAGGGAGGCCCCAAAAUGCAAAAGAGCUUUUUAAGGAUAUGUGCUCUCAUGGUCAACAGCCAGAUAUAGUAACCUUCUCAACUAUGAUUGAUGGCUUGUGUAGACAAGGGAAUCUCGAUUAA